AUAUCCUCACAGCAACAUGACUCUUACAAAAACCAACAAAACAGCCAAAACUCGCAAAAAUUUCACGACACAAACUCGAAAUCUGUAACAUCGCGGGGAGACCUCGACAUAUUCGCGGUUUAUCUACGCUCUCUUUACCAGAGUACAAUGGUCCUGACAACUGUUGGUAACCUACCAGAGCCCAACACAAAAUUCGGAUUCGCUUUUGCCAUAUUUGAGUUCGUCUUCGCGCUAUUGCUGUUCGCCACAAUUCUAGGUCACGUGGCAAACAUAGUGACCAGUAUCAGUGCCGCUAGGAAGGAGUUUCAAGUUUCUGGAAUAUGGCGCCCAUAA